UAUUUACCAAAAUGUCUUCCACUUACAAACAAGCAUUUCAAAAUUCAUGCGCAAAUUUGUCUGCGCUUGCUUCUACGUUUUUUACCGCUGGUCACGGAAGUACCGAAAUAACAAUAUGGCGUCCAGUAGGGCGGCGCUUUCGUCGUCUCAAUUCACUCCAACUCAACCGAGGCUUCAUGGUGCCUGUAUUCUUCCCGGACACAUUCUUGUCAAUGAAAGAUUUCAUGAAAGUGACGUUGUGAAAACCCUACAAGAAAAUCAUGUGAAUAUUCAAAUGGAUGACUCCAUGGGAGUGGUGGAUUUCAACCCAUCAUCAGAUGUUGGUGUGGUUUAUCUCUCUGAAGCAGAUCUGGUCGGUGGAUACAAUUACAAAGAGAAACUGCUCAAAUUUGGAAAGGCAUCAUUCAGAAAAGUAAUAAUUGCUGAAAAGACAUCACUUAGCUCUCAGUACUUUUAUGAACUUCAGAAGUUCAUUGUAAUGGAGAGAGGACUGGUACUUCUUCCUGUAGCAUCACCUGUUGAAGCUGGCAGAAUCUUAGCUCAAAUGGUUUUGUUGGAAAGUAAACCCCAAAGCAACCCUUACCGCAUUAAGAUGAAACCACAAGCCACAGAUCAAGCUGUACUUACAACUCUACAGAAUGUACCAGGAGUAGGACAGAAAAAAGCUGUGGCCUUAUUAUCUAAAUUCAACAGUAUUGAACAAAUCUGUAAAGCUUCAGUUGCAGUAAGUUACUUGAUCACUUGUUAGUUUUAUUUUCAAUUAUUCUUGAACACUUUGUUGUGUAAACUAUGAGUGGCGCAGGAGCAGUACAUUGUUUUUAAGUUUUUUAUGUUAAAUUUGGGAUGUCUGUACUAUUGCAGUUUCUGAUCAUAACAUGUAAUAACAUUUGCUCUGAGAUAUUAAUAUAUAAUAUACGUUUUGUUUCAGUCCCUUGCCACUGUGGUGGGUAAUGCAAAUGCACUGCAAAUAAAAGACUUUUUUUCAGCUACAAAUGCAAGGAAACAAUAGGAGAAAUAGUGUAGUGUAGGUUUUGGAAUAAAACAAGAUUUAGAAGAAGGCUGAAGAAUUUUGUAAAGAGAAUGUUUAUUCUUGUGUGAUCAAUCAUCUUUAUCUAAUAAAAAUCAUCACAAACUGGUUACCCCCAACAAAACAGACUUUGCAUUCAGUAAGUUCAUUCAUAGCUCACAAAAGUAGGCAAAAAGAAAAAAUUCUAUGUGGCAAGCUUCAAAGUUUUGAUUGUUUCUUUUCUUGGUCAUACAAUCAUAUAGACAAUUGCCCAAAGAAAAAACUUAUUGUGUAAAAUAAAAUAGAGUUAACCCUUUAACUCUCAAGCUGCUACACAUUUUCUUGUAAAUUAUUUCCAAGAAUUUGGUAUUAGAUCAAGAUAACAAAUUCUACCUGAUAAGUUUGAGUUUUCUCAUUACCUGUUUGCUGGAUAAUGAAUGAUAUUAUAGCAAGAAGUUACAUGUUAAUCACUACUGGGAGUUAAAGUUAACAGUGAUGUAGGUUUGGAACCAGUUGUGAUGUAUAUUGUUUGAGUAAACAUUGGGAGGACAAUUGAAACAGAAGAAUAUCAUCACAAUGUUCACUAGGACAUACAGUAGGUGAGAUAGAUUACAGCCGAAACAAAAAUUAAUGCUGUAACAUUUAUAAUAAAAUAAAUGAAAUACUAAUUGCACUCUCA